AAACAGAAGGAGGGAUUCUUGCAUGCUCCGUUGAAGGAAAGGGGCGGCUGACAGGAAAAGUUUGGUCGAUACCCUGAAGAAAUUCAUAGAAGGCUUUCCUAGACAUCGCCAAUAUCUUCUAAUUCAGAGACAAAUGACAAGCAGCAACAUGGAAGCAACACAAGAACUCUCCAUAGGCCCAGAAGUCCAGCUUCAGCAGAAGUACUGGAUAACAGAAGACAGUAAAGCCAACCUGUUGACAGCUGGUGCCGAAUGUUUGGAGACGGUCAUUCAAAGCGAGCAUUACUAUGACACUGCUUCAGACGAACUAGCAACGGCUGACUUGUGGUUAAGUCAAAGAAAUGAACAGUGGUGCCUCGUAGUGGACUCUCAGAAGCAAAGAGAUGGAGGAAAUGUCACCAAGUCAGUCCCUAAGAUGCAGGAACUGCCAUGUCAGGACUUAAGAGAAAACGUUACAAAUGAUAAACCCACUGAUUGUUGUGGAUUUUUGGGGCUAGGUGGCCAUGUUCCAGAAGAGUUUAUUUCUGACGUUUCGCCAACAUCUGUGGCUGGCAUCUUCAGGGAAGAUAAACCCACUAUCUGCAAAGGUUUAGAGGAGAAAUCAACAGAAUCAGAAUUGCUUCCCAACCAAAACAAUCACUCGCAUGAGUUUACCGAAUCUGGAGCACAUACAAAGGAUAGUUCUACAUACACUGAGCUUGUGAGAGAGAGUGACAUAAUGACCUAUCUGGCAGGUUUCUUUAACAUAGAUUUGAAAGGUGAAGAUGGAGGAAACGUAACCAUGGAAGACUUUUUGCAGAUGACCGGUAUCCAGCAUUACGCCAGCAAUCAUACCGUUCUCCAAGCAACAUACCUGCUGAGUAACAGGUACACAAUUGUAAUCCAAAGGGAUGAAUGCACUUUGAAGGAAUCUGCAACUAUUCGGCUAGAGGCGGAUGUUUUAAAUAUUUGCAAAGGGUUUGAAGAAAUUGAGAAGUUGGGGAAUUACCUAGGAUUUAUUCAAAGUGAACAAGCGCUUACUAUCUAGCAAGCCGAAUCAAGACAGUGUGAUCACAAAACCCUCCAAUGUUCAUACAACUUUCUGAGUAUUCUUUACUAAUGAUUUAAGUCUAUUAUUAUAAAAACACUUCAGUACAUUCUAUUUGCCCCUUUAAAAUCUUAAACCCAUUGAUGGGUGUGACAGAAUACUUUGCAGCAUGGAAGUGCAGAUUUAUGGCAAUGGCAGCAGUAUGACUAGUGUCAGCAGAGAUCUAUGAAUAGCCCAAUUAAUAGUUGCUGGAAGAGACUUUCAGGAGAGCUCUAGUAAAAUCAACUGCUUUAGAUUUGUUUCUUCUUUUUAAGACUGCACAGGUGGCUGCAUGUUAGUUCAAUUAAACAAAUCCCUCGACUUACCAACCCUAAUCUUCUCAUUCAGCAAUGCUGCACAAAAUCACGCUGUCUACAGAAAACAUCUGUCUUUGGCAAACAAGGAUCCCAGCAACCGUGAGCAAAUUGCUGAAAACUGUUUGCAGAUUCUUGCAAAUGAAUACAGUACAUUAUCAUUUGAUAGAAUUCUGGCAUCUAGGAUGCGCACAUUCAGCCACUUAUCAUUGGUAAAAUGCAGUGUACAAGGGCUGCUAGAUUUGGCAUUUCUUCCCUUAACAAUUCAGAGACCAAUGCACUAUGAGACAUUUUCUGACACAUUUGCACAUAAUUUUAAUUGACAGAUUUCUGCUGUUUCUCAAAGUGUCAUCUCUAGUGCAUUUAGCAAUAGCAAGUACAUUUCUAUACCACUUACUUGCAUGUACUAAGCGGCUUACAACUGUAAGCUUGGCAUUCACUACAGUGUCGUCUAUUCCAAUAAUGUGUUCUCUGUGCAUUUGUAUGUUGUGCACACUUUGCUUUGUACUGAUAUACUCUGCUUUGAAUUGUUUAUAUAUAAGCAGCGUGUAAGAAUUUUCCAGUAAGUUAAUAAACGUUUGUAAUUUUAAAAACUAUUUACAGACUGUCAACAUAUAGAACUGCUAAAACCUGAGCACUUGGACAGAUGAUGUGAAUGGCUACCAACUGGCAAUUAAUUAAAUCUGGUCCUCCAUUUAGUGUAACUUUGGAGCAAAACACACUGCAGAAAUAAUCCAGUUUGAAACCACUUUAACUGGUCUGGUUCAAUGCUAGGGAAUUCUGAAAAUUGUAGUUUCUCUGUCAGAGAGCUCUGG